AGAACCAGAGCCAGAAGUCAGGUUCUGACUAACAGUGCUGAGUGCGACUGCCAAUGAAUGUGAGAGAGAGUGUGAGUGUGUGUGUGUGUGUGUGCAUGAAUGUGUGUGUGUGUGUGUGGGGAGGUUUGUUCAGUUCGAGGUAAGUCUGCAUGUCAGCUCACUUCCUCUUUUUCAACGUGGAUUUUGCAGCUACUUUCGCUUCUGUAUUCUUUCUGUGUCUCUGCUGUUUGUUUUCGAUGGUCAUCACUCUAUCAUCAUCAUCAUCCUCCUCCUCCUCCUCCUCACCCUUCAUCAGUCAGUUUUACUUCUCAGUCUCUUUGCAUGCUCUCUCUCUCUCUCUCUCUCUUGCUCUCGCUCUCUCUCUUUGUCUCUUUAUGCAUCACUUUGUGGUGUCUCCAUCAUCUGUACGCAUUUGCAUGAAUGACGUCCCGUAUUUCCUCCAUCACUAAAACAAACGACUGAGACAAAAGAGGAACAGGGCCUCAGUAGAAGAGGGUGGCACGCUCGUCUCACACACUCGCAGGUCAGUUAACGGAUUCCCUCGACUCAUGGACAAAGCCGGAGCAGCUAAGUUUUGGUAAUUAACAGGCUCAGUCUCUGAACAGUAAGAGGGUGCUGUUACUAUGGCAACUGGCAAGCAAGGCUUUGUGAGAGCUACCGAGCCUCAGCAUUUGGUCUCCGUACAGAGAGAGAAAGAGAUGCAUGUUCAGGCCCCACUACCAGCCAUGUAUAUCCAAGCGGUGUCCGGCUUGCCAUCCUACCCUCAGAGCCAGCCAGCAGCCGUGCAGGAUGCAGCAGUCAUUCCUCUGUCCGUGCCGAUGAUGUAUUCCAACCAGACUCUGCCUCUACUGACUCUUCACAUAGCAAGUGGGGCAGGUUUACAGCAGCAGAGGCCUGAACCUCCAGCGUCUUCAUCGAGACCCAAGUCUCAAAGGAAGCACGUGUGCCCACAUUGUGGAAGGGACUGUCUGAAACCCAGUGUCCUGGAAAAGCACCUGCGCUGCCACACCGGCGAGAGGCCAUAUCCUUGCCCCACCUGUGGCAUCUCCUUUAAGACACAGAGCAACCUCUACAAACACAAGCGUACCCAGGCCCAUGCUCGUCUUUCCAGCGAAUCUGGGAAGGGAACCUUCAGCAGCCAGGAAAGCACCGAGAGCUCUAGGGAGAAUUGUUCUAGUCCCUCACUGGAAUUACAAAAUGAAGAUUCGGGUGACACAAACAGGAAUGAUGGUGUUCUUCCUACUGUGGCAACAAGCACAGCUACUUCAGAAGAGGUCAAGCCAGGCUCUGAGACAGAGUGGGCUUUAUGCAAAGCUGCAGUGGUUGGAGUAAUCGCUUCGCCAGCACAUGUGCAACAAGUAAUUUCGCAUACUAUAACCCAGAGGGUACCUCAAUUACCAUCUGAUGCUGCACCAACACAGGUAAAAAGCCCAAAUGGAGAUGGACGUUCUCCACUGGCUCCAAAUCGCACUCCUCUUCAAAGGCAGGAGGCACUCUUUCCUAAGUCUCAAAGCCAUGACAGCACAGACUCAGGCUUCAGUGAAAGCAAUGAACAACACUCAACCUCCAGUCCUGGUGCAACUGUGAACAAUCCCAGUAUGGAACUGGAAGAACCUGAAACGUCUGAGAAACUCUCAGAUGAGGCCACUGAUGACAUCAAGAGCAAAGUGUCACUUCAGGAAAAACAAAAGCUAGAGAAACACAUCUUGAAACUGAUCUCUGAAAACAGCGUGGUAAUGGACGACAGUCACCUGGUAAACGUCCGGCCGAGGAAGACGGGGUUGUCGAAACAAGGCAGUAUUGAUCUUCCUAUGAGGUACACUUACAAAGACUCAUUCCAUUUUGAAAUAAAAAGCAGCAAACACCAAGUACCUGGUUCACAAAAGCAAGACAGAAAUGGUAGGGCAUUUUACAGUUCUAUGCCUACUCAAUAUUCUACCAGUUUGGAACAUGCACCAUUAACCCGAAGCAGUUCUUUACCGUUUAGCAUGGGCAUUCAAAACAGUGACAGCAUGGUUUCGCCUUAUCAUGUAGACAACGUUCCGCUGAGCAGGAGGUGUAGUGCAGGACACAUUUACCCAUAUAAGUCAGUAGACCAACAUACACCCAGCCAUCGUUCACUGGUCAGACAAGUAGCAGUGGACGGUUUACCUGCAGUGGAAGGCUCUCUAAUGGAAAGAGGCAGUCUUAGUAGCCUAAGUUCUGAUGGAGACUGCACUGACAUGACGUCAGAGUCGGCCGUCAAAAGAUGCCGUAGGAAGAAAGCAGAAAAAUUUGCUUACAAUAAAUGGUACAUGUAUGGAGGUGGUACAUUCAAAAAGCUUUACAACACAGAGAAAGAUUCUGUAUUGAAGAGCAGAAAGUCCACACUUAGCCCUGAGCAAACUGACAGCCAGGGUAUUCAAAUAAGCCAACAGAAAGAAAGUGAUUUAUCUGCAUCUGUAUCUGGAAGCUAUACUUCCUGCUCUGCUCCAAGUCUGUCUCCUGUUCUCACAGCACAGACAUCCAGUCAGGUUCUUUCCUCUUACGUACUUGUCCAAAAUCCACCAGUGAAACAAUCAACUGGGCAACCCCAGCAAAGUCUGACCAAGCAAACUAAUGUUCCAAGCUCAGACUUAAGUACUGUGAUGAAUGCAAUAAAAGGCACAGAGGACAAAGGCACAGCACCCGAAACACAACUUUCAACUCCGAUACCUUCAGAGAGGAAAAAGCAAAAGACAGAUGAACAUGUUUCAGCCCAUGUCAAAAAUACAGAAGCCCUAAUAAGGAUGCAGCAAUGCCCGAGCCGACAGGUAAACACCAACCUGUGUCAGUCGUUACAGUCAGAGUGCGGUGAUGUGCCCCAGAAGUCAAGUCUAACUUCACUGCAGAGAGACAAUGGGUUAAGCCUUAACAGGCAAGGCAGUUUCAACAAUCUGUCUUCCUCCUCAAAUCAGAGACAGCUCCUUUUCAAGAGGCACAGUUCUCCGCUUUUUGCGGCCAAUAUAAGCGGGACAUCUGCGUCUCCUUCUGUCUCCUCCAGCAUCUCCUCGGUUUCUCAAGCCAAGACCAGCUUUCUUCCCAAGUACCAGCUGAAGAUUCCUGUUUUGACAGAUGGCAUGUCAGAUCCUUGUCUUGGCAAAGGUUCCUCGCUGAAUCCGUCUUCAACCAGACAGAAUGUUAGUCUGAAUCAGCAACCUGCGACAACUUCACCAUCCUCACCACAAAAGCAGGCAUCUAUGACCGUCAUGUCCCCUGGACAAGGGCAAGGUACUUCGGGCAUUACAGCCAUAACAAAGGCAACAUCUAUGACAUCUGCGGUGUACAGUUGCCAGAAUGCUAAUGCCUACACAUCGACCUACACCUCUACACCAUCAGUCUCGUUAGCAUCUCCGUUAGCAUUCACAGAUCUCAGUGUCACAGUUAGCACAACACAUAGCUCAGUCUCACCGGUCAGUUACUCGUGUACUCUGACAAAAAACAGUCAGGUCCAUGCUGGAAAUGUGGCAUCUGUACAAGACAAUCCUGUUACAUCGGUAGUGAUCCCAACGCAAUCGCUUGGGGUUACACCUACACCAGUAGUUCUGAGCUCUACAGACAGCAUCCCUUUGGAGAUAAGCAGCACUGAGAUCCAGGGAUCUCAGGACACAUUUUAUGUGCAAACGGCAGACCUCCAGAUAGUCAUGCAACUCAUUUCAGAUGAGCAGCUUGCAUUGAUAGAACCACAGAUCGAAACGCAGGACUAUAAAUCUCUCAGCAAAGAUCCAGAAACAUCUGGGACUGAUCCAACCCCAACAGGUGUCUCACAGGAAAUACAUAAACAAUGCUCUGGUGAUACAGGAACAAAGCUAGCUGUUGAACAGGGGAAUGUAAACAGGAGUGUGCUCAGCAACAUCCCAGACAUAACACACAAGUCGUUUGGAUCAACACUUACAGAACACAAAGCAAAGCAUACAAAAAGUGCUCAAGAUGUUUAUUUUACAAACACUGGCACUAAAGGAGUUAUUUCAAGGUCACCUUCCAAGUCAGAGCAUGAUGUUUCGGCUUCACUGGAUAGCAGGACAUUGGGACAACAGUGUAAAUUGUUAGGUUCCACACCUGAGGAGAGUACGGUGUCAAAAGGCCCAGAGACUGUAGGGUGUGGUACUAGUGCUAAACCAUAUCUUAAACAAAUUCCUAGCGAGAAAGUGAGUAAACCAUCUGCAGUGAAAUCCGCAGCAAAAAGUGAGUCAGAGGGAAGCAAAUCGCAUGACCAGAUCUUGAGGAACUAUUCAUCAUCCAUAAUAUGCAACAUUCAGCAAAGUUGUCAAGACACUACACGCAGCCAUGGGACAAGUCAUACAAUUGUGGCUUCCACUAACAGUGCAGCAAUAUCCUCUGAGGGCAAAUCGAUGAACAUUAAAGCUGCACCUUUAGAAAUAUCUGAAAUAAGUCCAAACCUUCAGCCUGUGCAAAUGACUGUUCAACAGCACAAAUCACAUGUCUUAACAAAGUCAGUAGAAAAACAGGCGGCUAAAACAAACACAUCAUGUAUCUCUGGGGCAUCUUCAGCUCAGGGACUAGCACUGACCCCUAUUUCAACUUCAAACCAGCAUGAACUGAUCCAACACAAAACAUGUCAGCCAUCAAAUGCUUCCUCGAACACGACAAGAGCGAUCAGCUCACGGAGUGUACUAGCGUGCCGAUUAUCUCCGCAACAGACAGGCGCAGGUGGAGACAGGUCAACGUACAAAGAAAAUCAAACCUCUGCUUCAGGUCAAUCCGGACAACAUUUAACCCGACAGGACUGGUCUAAACCUGAGGAGGUCAAGACAAUCACAUCCAGGACUGCUCAUAUGACCAGCACUCAGUUUGAGUCGCAUGGACCAGUCAUAAACUGUCUUAAAGAGGAGAGUAUUAAAUGUGCACUUGGUCCUGGUGGCAUGCUUCACGUCAAUCAGGAUUCAUUCACAGGGCCUCCGGUGAGCUGUUCUCUCCAAAAUUCAAAGUUCCACUGGGAGGAUGGGACAGGGAGACAGAAGUGGAUCCCCCCGGAAAAUAAGAGAAGAGGAGGAGAUGGGACGUGGGACGUGAAAAGCACAUGGACAAAACAGGAGGAGGUGGAGGAGGAGGAGGAGGAGGCUGUGGAAAACAAAAGAGAGCAGGAGACAAAAUGCACCGAAAGCUACCACAAAGCAGUGAAGCCACAUCCAGACCUUUCCGCAUCGCAGCACAUGACUAACGUCAAAGCAACAUCACCUGAGCUUGUUUCCAUCACCCCUACACCAGCAAUCUGUGGAAUAUCCAACCCUUCACCUGAAAGAACCAGUCCUGGCGGUAAUGUGGUGCCAAAACACAUUGACCAAAGUAACACAAAAGUGAAGGAGUAUGUUUCUCUCGGAUGUCGUGAAAGGUUUGCGGCGUUAUCUAAAGGACCAAGUGACAUGAGGCAUCUCUUGGCUCAUCCUCUUUUGGUGAAUGCCAUUCAGGAGGAGGUCCGAAAAGAGACCCAAACCAAAAACCUGACUCAUUCAACAAACACGCAAGUGCAAAGGCUGUUAUCAGAGCGAGAAGCAGAUGGAACAGCACAAAUCACUGUGCUGAAGGAACCCGGCGUGACAUCACCCCGCAACACAGAUCACUGUCAGAUAAUAAAAACUGCACCGGCGUACACACGUCCUUCAUUUUCAAACCAGACUAACAGCUCUUGCAUACAUCCAAAUCCUACAUGCACAUCCAGCAUACACAGCAACCCUACAGAGCCUAAUGCACCACACAGCUACAUGGAGGAAGAGGAGGAGGAGGAGCGGUCCAGCAGCAGUGACGAUGAGGGAAAACUAGUGAUUGAACUUGAAUAAAGACAUAUGUUCCUGGUGGCAGAAACAAGUGCAAAAACAUCUUAACAAAGCACAAACAUGGCAGCAACACGGCCAAUACACAACAACAGAAAGGGAAGGUCCUUAUUCAGCAUCACAUGCUCGUUACUGAUUGGCUACAGAAUACAGAGAGCUAGAGGAUGUUUAGAGUAAGUAAAUUAAUUUACUCAUGCCUAGUAAACUCCAAGCACUGAGCCCGGGUUAUAGUCUGUAUGUCCUCUGGGUUUCCUCUGGGUUCUCCAGUUUCCUUCCACCUCCCCGAAACUAGAUUGGCUAUGCUAAAAAGGUGUGAAUAAACUGCGAGGCAACUGGGUCAGCCAUGAUGCAGUGCCCCUGGGGGUGGUGGGUUAGGUGGUAUGGGGGCCAACAGUGGUAGCUUGGUGCUGGUGCUGGGGCUUGAACCCCAAUUUUCUAAUCAAAAACUCAGAGCCUUAACCACUUGAGCUACACCCCCGCCCCCCCAACUUCCAGUUUAGGCCACACCCACUUUAAGUUGAAAUCCAAAAACAGGAAUUUUUUACAGCAUUAAUCAGAUAUAGAUAUACACCAGUGGCAUUACGACACUAUAUGACCGACUCCUUCUGAUUUUAGAUUUUCUGAUUGUGUUGUUCGUUUUGUUAUCCUGUUUCCUGCUCUGCCAUCGGCUCGUUAAGGUGUUUUGCACUUUCAGGCCACUUUAUCCCACCAAUAAAACCUCUGGCUGCAUUUUCUAUCCAAGCUAACACCAAACCUUUACGAUGGCGAACGAGAUGCACAGUAAACACAAAGGAAUGCACUGACUUCUGAAUGAUAUGAUUGGAAAUAUUUCCAGGACAGAAAACAGGGUGUGAACUCAUGUUGAGCUGCAUUCCCACAGUCACUGGAGUUCCACAGGGAUCGCUCAUAAGCACAGUCAGGAUUUCAGCCAUUUUAGGAGACAGACAGCCAGAGAUUUCUAAGAGCCUUAGACAUCGCCAUAAUCACUGUAAACACAAACCAGUCAUCAUUACCAUCUUUUUCCCUGUCUUUCUACUUCUCUUUUUUUCCAGGCUGCUUUUAAAUGUCAUUCAUUUCUGACAAAUGUUUGACUGACAUGUGUAAAACCCAAAACUGGAAUAAAAAUUUUAAAAAGA